AUGGCGGGGCAACCGGCUGGAUGUCUCCCUCGGCGAUUUGUCAAGCCUCAGGAAGAGGAAGAGAGCAAAAGCGUCCUUACAGUUAAACAGAAGGGACGGACGGACCUCAGCAACCCAGUUCGGUCAGCCCGAUCCCAGCGACUAGAGGCCCGUAACCAAACCCACCCAUCUAACUUGCGAGUGGCCGUAUCGUUGAAACGCCACGAAUCCACGUUAGGCAAUACUGAAGCACAGGUCACAGUGUCUCCGGAGCAGGUGAUCCUGUCCCACAGCCCCCUGCGGCUCUUCAGCCAGUUCCACCACAAGCGCAUGCUGGUGGCCGGGCAGGGGCCCGUGGAGGAGAACGCCCACAACCUGGGGUUCAACAACGUGGUCACCAUCGAGGCACUGAGGAAGGCAUAUCCCCUCUUAGACAUGGUGGAUCAGAGCCGGAGGCCAAAGGAGCUGCCUCCUCCAACCACUGGCUUCCCUACUAUAGAAGGAGUGAUUCUGUUUGGUGAGCCAGUGAGGUGGGAGACAAGCCUGCAACUUAUUAUUGACGUACUCUUGAGCAACGGGAACCCUGGGGCGGAGCCGCAAGAUAUACCUUACCCGCAUCUGCCUGUCCUCGCCUGCAACAUGGAUCUCCUGUGGAUGGCCGAAGCCAAAAUGCCCAGGUUUGGCCAUGGUACUUUCCUUCUCUGCUUGGAGAACAUCUACAAGAAAGUGACAGGCCGGGAGCUGAAGUACGAGGCCUUGAUUGGCAAACCCAGCACAGUCACCUACCGCUAUGCCGAAUACUUGAUAAAAGAGCAGGCAGAGAAACAGGGCUGGAAGUCUCCCAUCCGACGCCUCUAUGCAGUUGGGGAUAACCCUAUGUCCGAUAUCUAUGGGGCAAACCUCUACAACAACUACCUCAAGUCAGCUCACCAGAACCAGGUCCAGACUGGGGUGAAGAGGAGCCCACAGGCAGCUGCUCCCCAAACUGAGGAUCACCUCGAGCUGAGGAAGGACUGCAGCAAUUCAGUGGAGAGUUGCGAGUCGAUUCUGGUCUGCACUGGGGUCUACCGCCACAAUGCAGAUGUUCCCAGUAACACGGAGGAGUGCACGACAGAGACGGUGUUCCAUGGCCAUCGGGACUUCUGCUUUGACCCCAGCCUGGUGGAGGCAUCUUAUGUAGUUCAGGAUGUGAAUGAUGCUGUGCAGCUUGCUUUCAAGAAGGAGAACUGGAGCUAG